UUGUUUCCAAAAAUGCGACGAUUAUUGCCUUCUACAAUUUUAAUUUUAUUAUUUAUUAUUUCCACUUUAAUUGGCUAUUCUUCUUCAAUAUAUUUCCAUAUUGCUGAGACUGAAAGAAAAUGUUUUAUUGAAGAAAUCCCCGACGAAACAAUGGUUAUGAGCCGUUACAAAGUUCAACUUUUUGAUCCAAAUACGAAGGCGUUUGGGGAUUAUCCGACGAUUGGAAUGCAUGUGGAAGUUAAGGAUCCGGAGGAGAAGAUGAUUUUAAGCAAAUUAUAUACAAACGAGGGCAUAAUUACCUUUACAUCUCAUUCACCUGGAGAACAUUUGAUUUGUCUUUAUUCAAAUACAACAGCUUGGUUUAGUGGAGCUCAACUUCGUGUUCAUUUGGAUAUUCAAGUUGGGGAACAUGCACAGGAUUAUCAACAGAUUGCCGCAAAGGACAAGUUGAAUGACCUCCAAUUGCGUGUUCGUCAACUGCUCGAUCAAGUUGAACAAAUUACCAAAGAGCAGAAUUACCAACGCUAUAGAGAAGAACGCUUUCGACAGACCUCCGAAGGAACUAACAGCCGCGUUUUGUGGUGGUCUGCUGGACAAACAAUUGUUCUGUUACUGACGGGAUGGUGGCAAAUUCGACACUUGAGAGGAUUCUUUGAGGCUAAAAAGCUUGUUUAG